CAAUUUGCCCUUUUCUGUGCUGUGGCAAAAAUAUUAGAUAAAUUUCUAAAUAUAUAAAUAAAUAUAUGUUUUUAAAAGAAGUUGCAUAUGCAUGUUCAAACAAAUGGACACACCGCUUUAUUGCCUAUGCGACUGUGUCCUGUUUUUACAGGCUUUCUCUCUCUACUGGAUCUCACCUCUUUCACUAAGCGCACUCUUCACAGAUGCUCUGUGUGGUCUCUCUCUCUAUAGAGCUUGUUGUCUCUCUAGAAUUGACUCUGUUGUUUAGUGGGUUCUUGGACAAUCGUUUUCUAAAAGGAACUUUUCUCGUGAAGUGCAUGUGAAGUUGGUGGCUGAGACUGAGACGAGAGGGAGAGGGAGAGGGAGGGAGAUCUAAUCUGGUGGCCUUAAUAAUCCAACGGGUCGUUUUUGCUUUUUGGGAAUUUUCAGGUGAAUACGGAGUUUCCUUGUUACUUUCUUUUUGCUGCUGCUGCUACCACUGUUUCUUCUUCUUCUUCUUCUUCUAGACCUUUUGGCCUCCUUUUCCUGAUGUAGCACCGCGCUCUUUUAUUCUAAACCAUGUUUAUUCUCUGCCCAUUUUGUCAAAAAGUUUCGCCCUUUUGUUCUUUAAGAUAAAAAGGUUGAGCUUUUGCUUGUUGGGUCUGCUAUAGUUGCUAUGUUACAUUAUUUGCAUAUUGAGGUAAAGGGUUUUCUGCUUUUAAUCUUUGUGCACUGAAGCUUGGAGGUUUAGUAUAAGGACUUAAUAUGGAGUGAUAGUGCAGUUUCGGCCUUUGAUAAAAGCUUGAGAUUUUGAAUUUAGUUUCAUGGGUUUGGGGUAGUGCUGUGUUUGUGCUGAUGGGUCUCUGCCCUUCAGAGUAAAUGAUGAUUAUUGUGAAGAGUUGUUUGUAGUUGGGGGAAUUUGGGGAUUUGUGGUGUAAUCAUUGCAAAAAGGUUUUUCACCCUUGCAAAUAAAUUCUUUGUAUUCGGUGGAGGAUCUCUGAUCGCUUGAAUUUUGGCAUUUUUAGUGUUUAGUUGCCUAAUUUUGAAGAUUUGGAGCGGUUGCAGAUUGAAGGAAAAUGCAAUAUAAUUUGAUUGAUUUUGUUACUCUGCAAGAGGUAUUGCUAUCAUAUGCAUUUACCUUCUGAUCAUGACCAAGGCUGUCCGUAAUAGGAUUCUUAAGGAUGCAAAUGGUCAUAUCGGUGAUCAUCUUCUCAACCAUAUCCAUUUAACCAAUUGCAUUCAUCUGAAAAAUCAUAUGCAUAAGCAGAGUCCCAUACUGGCUGAUAGGUCGCUAAUGAGAGACCUCAUUGUUCUUCAGAGGUCCCGAUCAUUGAGGGACCCUUCUGCCAGUCCUCCUUCAUGGCACUCACCUUCUAUUGUUGAUUUGCUUCCGAAUAAAGGUGACAAGGAUGCCACAAUUAUGGGCGGUAGGAGGUCAGUUGGUGUUGAACGUCGAAGGGAAGGUAGGAGGUUGUCAGGUAGCUCGCCACACUUUGCAAGUGUAGCACCAUCAAAGGUUUUUCCUGGUGAGCUUAGUGGGGGAAAUGAUGCGAUAGCAGCUAUUAGUGACUACAGUAGCAAGAGUGGAGCUAGGGAUGGUAGGAGAGUUAAGAGAGAAGAAUCUAGUCGGAAGAGCAAUAGGGUUGAUCUUUUGGGUGGUGAUGAAUACCCUUUACGAGAUCAAUAUGCUAAUGGUUUGGUUAAGGAUACUAUUUCAGGGAAUUCAGAAUCUAAGUCUAGAAAGAGUAAACAAAAGGGAAGGCAUAGUCAAGAUGUUCAUAUUAAGACACUUUCUGAGCAGCUCAAUAAGGUUCCACUGGAUAUUGAUGUAGCUUCUUCUAACAUCCAUCUUAGACGGUCUCGACAGGAGAAAACUGGUGAGGAGCCUGAGACCAGCAUUCGCGGGUAUAGUGGCCUGAAUAGGGUUAAAAGGCGGAAGUUCCGAGGUACCAGAAGAACUAGGGCAACUCCAUCUUCUAGAGAUGUUGGGGGUCAGAAUGAAAUGUCUGUUGCUUCUAAUUCAUUGGCUGAAGGUUCAGCAAGACCAAGGUAUCACAUGGAGGAAGAAGAAGAAGAAGAAUAUAGGGAUCAAAACAUCACAAGAGUUCCUAGAAAUGGAUGUGGGAUUCCUUGGAAUUGGUCAAGGAUUCAUCAUAGGGGUAAAACAUUCCUUGACAGGGCUGGUAGAAGUUUUUCUUGUGGUCUGUCAGACUCAAGGUUAAGGAAAGGCGGCAUGGCUUCCCAUGAGAAAGAUGUUCCUAAUAUGCCUGUGGUAUCUGAUCAUUCAAGUUCAUCUACUAAAUCUGAUGCAGAGGUUCUGCCUCUAUUAGUUGAGGCUUCCGUAUCCCUAGAAAGCACUGAUAAUGCUGGUUGGGUGCAUGACUAUUCUGGAGAGCUGGGUAUAUAUGCUGAUCAUUUGCUGAAGAAUGAUGUUGAUUCUGACCUUGCUUCUGAAGCUAGAUCUGGUGGUCAACACAAGCUUGGGCGGAAACACAAUAGCAGGCAUCAAAAUUUGACUCAAAAAUACAUGCCAAGAACUUUCAGAGAUCUGGUGGGACAGAAUCUGGUAGCACAAGCUCUUUCCAAUGCAGUCAUGAGAAGGAAGAUUGGGUUGCUAUAUGUGUUUUAUGGGCCUCAUGGUACUGGGAAAACCUCAUGUGCUAGGAUAUUUGCCAGGGCUUUGAAUUGUCAAUCUCUGGAACAUCCCAAACCUUGUGGCUGUUGCAAUUCUUGCAUAGCACAUGAUAUGGGUAAGAGUCGAAAUAUAAGGGAAGUUGGCCCAGUCAGUAAUUUUGAUUUUGAGAGCAUUAUGGAUCUGCUUGACAACAUGAUUAUUUCUCAUCUGCCAUCGCAGUUCAGAGUUUUUAUUUUUGAUGACUGUGAUACUCUGUCCCCUGAUUGCUGGAGUGCCAUAUCAAGGGUCAUUGAUCGAGCUCCCAGACGCGUAGUUUCAGUUCUUGUCAGCUCGAGUCUUGAUGUUUUGCCUCAUACAAUUAUAUCGAGGUGCCAGAAAUUUUUUUUCCCAAAGCUGAAAGAUGCAGAUAUUAUAUACACUUUGCAGUGGAUUGCAUCCAAAGAAGAUAUAGAUAUUGAUAAGGAUGCACUUAAACUUAUUGCAUCAAGAUCAGAUGGAUCCUUGAGGGAUGCUGAGAUGACUCUGGAACAACUGAGUUUGCUAGGUGUGAAGAUAUCUGUUCCUCUGGUUCAAGAACUGGUUGGGCUUAUCUCUGAUGAAAAAUUGGUGGAUCUUUUAGAUUUAGCAUUAUCUGCAGACACGGUGAACACUGUGAAGAAUUUGAGAGUGAUAAUGGAAACUGGUGUGGAGCCUUUAGCUUUAAUGUCACAGCUUGCUACAGUGAUCACUGAUAUAUUAGCCGGUUGUUAUGACUUCACAAAAGAAAGGCAUAGAAGGAAGUUUUUUCGACGACAACCAUUGUCCAAAGAAGAUAUGGAAAAACUGCGUCAAGCCCUGAAAACUUUGUCAGAGGCUGAAAAACAACUUAGAAUGUCAAAUGACAAAUUAACGUGGCUAACAGCUGCAUUGCUCCAACUUGCUCCUGAUCAGCAGUACAUGCUGCCUAGUUCUUCUCCAGAAACUAGUUUUAAUCAUAGCCCUAUGACCCUAAAUAAUGCAAAUGGAAGGGAUGUAGCCAGGAAAGGUGGUGAACAAGCUGAGAUGCCCAAUAACGAGAGAAGCUUGUCAACAAAUGUUAGAUUGGAAAAUCUCCCUGCUAGAACUUCUGGUGAUUUCCAAAUCAAUGGUGUGUCAAAUGGUGUUAAUGCGGAUAGGAAAAGAAAUGGGGGGACUCGUAUGGUUCCUCAGUGGACAUCUGCACUAUCUUCUGAUACAGUUAGGGUGAGUGACAGGCAGAUGUCAGCUAAAAGCCGAAAAGGAUAUGAGGAAAUUUGGUUGGAGGUGCUUGGGAAGAUUCAGUUUAACAGUAUAAAAGAGUUCUUGUACCAAGAAGGAAAGCUCAUAUCUGUCAGUUUUGGUGCAGCUCCAACUGUGCAGUUGAUAUUCAGUUCACAUCUUAACAAAUUGAAGGCAGAGAAGUUUAGGGCACAUAUUUUACAAGCAUUUGAGUCUGUUCUUGGGUCACCAGUUACCAUUGAAAUCAGAUGUGAAUCAAAUAGAGACACAAGUGAAGGGUUCCAUGCACCUCUCAUAUUACCAGCUCCUAGGAAGGCUUCAUCUCAGAUGGCUGUAGAGCCAGAGACUACUGGUGGAAGCAGAAUGCCUAGGGCAGGAGAAUCUCUUGAUGUAGGGCGGAGUGAAAUUGUUGAAAUACCAGCUUCUCCCAGGGAAAUCAAGGGUAAUGGACAUGUUGACAACAAUGCAGAAUCUAGUAAAAGAGGUUUACAGCGUGCAAGAGAGGGAGAUUCAGCAGUUUCACUUAAGAAAUCUAGCAUCAGUCCUAAGUCUGAAAGAAGGAGACCUGGCAAGCAAAGUCAGAGUAAGAGCCUUGUGAGAAGCAAGGUUUCCCUUGCACAUGUAAUUCAGCAGGCAGAAGGAUGUACACACCAGUCUGGAUGGUCCAAACGUAAAGCGGUUUCUAUAGCUGAAAGGCUUGAACAAGAAAAUUUGAGACUGGAACCUAGAUCACGAAGCUUGCUGUGCUGGAAAGCAUCUAGAGUGACCCGUCGAAAGCUUUCUCGUUUGAAAAUGAGGACGCGAAGACCACAUUCAUUGCUGAAGCUUGUUUCUUGUGGAAAAUGCCUAUCUUCAAAAUCUCCUAGGUAGAAGAAGAAAAAUUUUUCAAUGGCUUUACUUAAUCCUUCUUACUUUUAAUUACACAUUUUAUUGCCAUUUACUAGGUGAGAGUUGGUCGUUCAUAGGUUUUUGCUUCGAAUAAGCGAAUGUAGGAAAGAAUCAAAUAGUGUAGCUUCUUUUAAUUGAAAUUUCAUAUGUUUAUGCAAUCAUUUAUGUUGUUAGUCCUCUUCUUCUUCUUUUCCUGAUUCCUGUUAGACAGUUCUCAGUUGUUCUGAUAAAUGGGGAAGGACCAGUUUUACACCCGUUUAUACUCAUCUUUAUUACUAGUCAAAGGCACUGGUUAGAUAGGAAAAGUUUGUAAAUACGAAAAUUUUAUUAUAUCCAUUGAUCAUAGUGAAUC